UGUGUUUUUAAUUUAAAGAAACAUUAUAAAGGCGAUCGCAACAAAUCUACUAUUUUGAGCCUGGGCUAUGUCUUUUCGAUAAUCUUGUGCAUAUCUAGGUAGUAUAGUAGGGUAAUUUAACGCUUAUUUCAGUAUCUAUAUUACUCCAAAUAAAGCUCUAAAGCAUCUGUCUGGAGUAUGCAGCUCUAAAUAUGAUAUUUUUAAGCAUUUAUAACAGUGGAUAGGUCCCUUAGUUAGACUUUGAACUCAUAGAGUUUCAAAUUUAUGAUCUUGUGCCAUGAUAACAUAUUUAAUCAAUCCUCAAGCAGCAAAUAUUGAUUUUUUAGCCACAGGAAGAUUAUUGUUCCAUCUUUAAUUUUAAUUUCAUCGAUGAAUUAUUUUUGGCUGAGGUUAACUAAAACUUGAGGAUCUAGAAGCUUAGUGUCAAACUUUCAAAAUCUUGCCAGAUUUGGAGUGUUGCCCGUCUACCAAGCAAUUUGGAUAUAAUGUAGAAUCCAAGGUUAUGGCAUCGCUUAACCUUUGCCUAAAACAAUG